GUGCGUUUCUUAUACCCUACCUGGUUAUGUUGGUAUUCAGCGGAUUUCCACUAUUCUAUAUGGAACUGGCCCUCGGACAGUAUCAGAGGUGCGGCUGUAUCACCGUCUGGAAAAGAAUAUGUCCUGUACUUAAAGGAAUUGGAUUUGGGAUAUGCAUAAUUGCUACAUACGUUUCUUGGUACUAUAACACUAUCAUCAGCUGGGCAUUGUUUUAUUUCUUCUCAUCAAUGAGAGCGGAUGUCCCAUGGAAAACGUGCAACAACACGUGGAAUACAAACAUGUGCAUGGAUAGUGAACAGAGGCGUGCAUUUUUUGCUGCAAGGAAAAACGUUUCUGAAGAGCUUGUUAAAAAAGAAGUCAUGAAUUACACCACGCCAAAUGAAGAAUUCUUUGAAAAAGAAGUUCUUGGUCUUUCUGACGAAUACAACAUGAAUCACUUGGGGUCAGUAAGGUGGCAGUUAGCUCUGUGCUUGAUGGGUGUAUUUACAAUCGUAUAUUUUGCAAUGUGGAAAGGCGUAAAAAGUUCUGGAAAGGCAGUAUGGAUAACGGCAACAAUGCCAUAUGUUGUACUCAUCAUUCUGCUGGGUGUUGGUGUGUCGUUAGAGGGCGCUGGUGAGGGUAUUAAAUAUUUCAUCACUCCUACAUUUGCAAGACUUGGUGAUUAUCAGGUAUGGGUCGACGCAGCUGCCCAAAUUUUCUUUUCACUUGGACCGGGAUUUGGUGUCCUUUUAGCAUUAUCAAGUUACAAUAAGUUCACGAAUAAUUGCUUCAGGGACGCAUUGAUUACAAGCGGUAUAAAUUGUGGGACAAGUUUUCUUGCCGGAUUUGCAGUGUUUGCUGUUUUAGGUCACAUGGCACAUGUACAAAACACAGACAUAGAAUAUGUUGCACGAGAAGAUGUCGGUCUCAUAUUCAUUGUAUAUCCAGAAGCAAUAUCCAAUCUAAAAGGAUCAAGCGUCUGGGCCGUGAUCUUCUUUUUCAUGUUGAUCACUCUAGGUUUGGAUACCACGUUUGGUGGGCUAGAAGCUAUAGCAACUGGUAUUCUUGAUGAAUGGCCUUUCCUCCGAAAACGUCGAGAGCUCUUUAUUCUAGGUCUUAUGGCCUACUGUUUCCUGGGCAGUUUGGCAACUACCACAUACGGUGGUAUAUAUUUGGUGCAGUUACUGGACACAUAUGGCGCUCCGAUUGCUUUAUUGUUCAUAGUCUGUUUAGAGGCUAUUGCUGUCACGUGGAUAUACGGGGCAACGCGUUUCAGCCACGAUAUUGAGGCUAUGCUGGGGCCACAAUCUGACCACUACUGGAGGUUCUGGAAGACAUGUUGGAUGUUCAUUGCUCCAACAAUUUUAUUUGUACUGUUCAUCUUGUCUCUAGUUAUGGCUCCUGUUCCACAAUAUAGCAGUUACGUGUACCCUGAGUGGUCGAUCGCAAUAGGCUGGAUGAUGGUGGUGUCUUCUCUAUUGUGUAUACCAGCAUACGCUAUAUACAAGUUCCUGAUAACGCCUGGAUCCGUCGUUGAAAGAAUAAGGACGAUAAUGAUACCAGAAGAAUCACCCACACAUAUUGAAGAGUUGCGUGUCUUUGUAUGAGGGCAUCAUACAUUAAGAAAGUAACACUCAGCACAUACAUUUACGACGUAAUAAAAACAUCAGAUAUUCAAUUUAAAGAACAACAACAACAAUCUAUGUAACAUAGAUUAUAGUUUUAAUUUUAUUACUACAACAAUGUGGGAUAUUAGCCGUUUGUGAAUAUACAAAGCAUGUACGUAUGAACGUAAUUUGUUAAAAGUAAAUAUUCAUCUUAGAGUUACUGAUAUAAUUAGGAAUAUCGCAAUAACAACAAAACAAAACAUUUUUUGUGUGUAAAAUUUUGUUAUGAAAUAGGUCAUGUACGAAUUUGU